AUGCCAUACGAUUCCAACGUUCAUAGCUUCUCCUUUUCCCCUUUGCGGUGUAUCUACAGAGUUCCUAAGCGACUACGGCAGGGAAACGAUGAUGAAGCCUACACACCUCAGGUAGUCUCUAUAGGCCCACUUCACCAUGGAAAGGAACACUUAAAUGGUAUGGAAUAUCACAAAGAGAGGUAUCUAAAAGGUUUUCUAAGUAGAACCACGAAAACAUUGGGGGUUUUUAAGAAGAAACUACAGGACCAAGAAGUAAAUCUGAGAAGUUGUUAUGCAGAACCGAUUGGGUAUAGCAGUGAAGAAUUUCUAAGAAUCAUUCUAGUGGAUGCCGCCUUCAUUAUUGAGUUUUUGUUGAGGGGCAAUUACCCAGAAUUUCGAGAUGAGGGUGACCACAUAUUUUCUAGGCCAUGGAUGUACGGUGAUGUAUUGGUUGACUUGCAGGUGCUUGAAAAUCAGUUGCCACUCUUCAUUCUGGAGGACCUUUUUGUCGCAGAUAAAUGUUUUGAUUCUACUAAUAAGCCCUCAAUAAUUCGUCUUUCUCACGCUGUGUUCAAUACUACUUUCUUUUGGAAAGAAAGAAAAUACGUCCUUUUUGAGGGAGAUUUUUUUUCUGAAGUAAAACAUUUUGUUGAUUUGAUAAGAACUUUAUGUGUACCAUCGAAAUUAAAUCCUGAUGAAGGCGUCACAGAGCUAUACAUGGCAGGGUUCAAAAGUAUAAGCACACCCAGCAUCACAGAGCUACACAGGGCAGGGGUCAAAAGUAUAAGCACACCCAGCAUCACAGAGCUACACAGGGCAGGGGUCAAGUUGAAGGCGGGAUCAACGAAUAACUUAUUUGAUAUUCAACUUGCUGACGGGAGACUUGAAAUUCCAAGAUUGCAAAUAAACGAUCAUACAGAGGUAUUAAUUAGAAAUCUCGUCGCAUUUGAACAAUGCCACUACCUGAAGGAGAGGUACAUAAGUGAUUUUGUUUUUCUCAUGGAUUAUUUUGUGAACACCCCAAAGGAUGUGGAGUUGCUUGUUAAGCAUGGCAUUGUUGAAAAUUGGCUAGGUGACAACAGUGAGGUGUCUACUUUGAUUAAUAAGCUUGGAAAAGGGGUUGGGAUAAAUGACAAAGACUUUUAUUUUGCUGCUGUUGCUGAUGACCUGGACAUCCACUGCAGAACUCGCUGGAACAAAUGGAUGGCAAAUUUGAGACAGAAUUAUCUCAACACACCUUGGACAAUUAUCUCUUUCGUUGCAGCUUUUUUUCUCCUCAUACUCACUUUCAUCCAAACAGUGUGCACCAUUAUAUCUUAA